UUCUAUUUUAAUUUUAAUAAAAUAAUAUGUAACUUGAUUGUAAAACGGUGGCAAUAGUAACAGGUGGAGCAUCAGGAUUAGGAUUGGCAACAGUUGAAUUGUUAAAUUAAAAAUAAUGUAAAGUGGUGGCAGCAGAUUUUAAUGAGGUUAGAAUAUAAAAAUAAUUUAUAAGGAGAAAGGUUAAGAGUUAAUAAAGAGAUUUGAGAACGGGAAUGUAAAAUUUUUUAAGGUUGAUGUUCAAAAUGAAGAUGAAAUAAAGAAAUUAAUAGAAUUCACAGUGAAAGAAUUUGGAUAGAUAAAUUUAGUAGUGAAUUCUGCUGGGAUUCCAUCUGCUUAAAUGACAGCAACUAGAUCAAGUGUUGCAUCAACAUCUGAAAUGAAUAUAUUAUUGUAGAUUAAUGUAAUUGGCACAUUUAAUGUUUGUAAAUAUGCAGCUUAACAUAUGAUCAAAUCUUAAGUUAAAGGAGUUAUAGUGAAUGUUGCAAGCUUAGCUGGAAUAGAAGGAUAAAGAGGUUAAGUAAUUUAUUCAGCAUCAAAAGGAGCGGUGAUUGCUAUGACAUUACCUAUGGCAAGAGAUUUGGGUAAACAUGGAAUCAGAGUUGUUACUAUAGCACCAGGAGUAAAACUUUAUUAUCAUAUAUUUAUUAGAUUAUAUAUACACCUAUGUUUGAAAUGAUCUAACCUAAAAUUAAAGAAUAAUUGUCAUAACAAGUAGCUUUAGGAAGAUUAGGAGCAGCUUAAGAAUUUGCAUAAUUAGUCGAAAUGAUAUACUAAUCAUAGUAUUUAACGGGGUGUGUAUUACGUUUAGAUGGAGGAUUACGCGUGCCUCAUUUAUGAUUAAUAUUAUUAAUAAAUCAG